GUUAUAGUGUGCGGUUGAAGUUAAGAAUUUCGCUCUGUGAACAUUCACCUGAAAUAAAUUUCAGUAAAUUUAUUGGACAUUCCCACAUGAAUUUUGGGCGAUCGUUGGAUAAGUGGAUUAUACUAGCAAAUACGGUCAAAAGAGUGUAGCAGGAAUUUUUCGGGCAUUUUAGAGACUUUGUAAACGCCAAUGGCACAGUCCCUACCACCUUGCUACGAAAUCUUACAGGCUUCAGUGCUGCAUAAUAAUCACAAAAGACUAGCGGUAUACAUACUCUUGCUCACUUAUUUUUGCUACACAUGCUAUCAUGCUUCACGCAAACCUCUGAGCAUUGUCAAGUCUGUUUUGCACGGUUCCGAAAAGCAUGUUGAUCUGCCCAAUACAGCUAAAAUUUCCACGGGUUGGGAACCAUUCAAUUCUGACAAUUGGAGUCAACUAUUGGGAGGACUUGAGUACAUUUAUUUGUUCACUUAUGCAGCUUCAAUGGUUUUGAAUGGCUUUCUUGCAGAAAGAGUCAGUUUGCGGUACUUCUUGUCCUUCGGAAUGUUUCUUAGUGGACUUUCUACAGUUGCAUUCGGCCUUGCUUCUUACUUCGAAAUCCACCAUUACUCAUACUUCGUCUUUGUGCAAGUGUUCUCCGGGCUCGUUCAGGCUUCUGGAUGGCCAGCUGUUGUUACUUUGGUGGGAAAUUGGUGGGGGAAAAGUAGACGUGGACUUAUUAUGGGUUUAUGGAAUUCUCAUACAAGUUUAGGAAAUAUUUUGGGAUCUGUUAUUGCAGGAGUUUAUGCUGAUUCAAAUUGGGGAGCUUCUUUCUACAUACCUGGAAUUAUCAUGAUGUUUGGUUCAGUGUUUGUCUAUCUAACAUUGAUAGAACAUCCUAAUAUGAUUGUUUUUAAUCCUCUUGAUUCCAACCGAGAAACUACAAAGAUCGGGUUGUUACGAAACAUAUCUGAGUCAAAUCUCAACCGGCAAAUAUCAAACAAAGAUGAUCUAAAACCUUUAAUAUCUAAUUCUGAAGCCAGUCGACCAAUUUCCUUUAUUGAAGCUAUUCUUUUACCAAAUGUAUUUACCUAUUCAGUUCUACUGUUCUUUGCAAAACUUGUAUCUUAUACAUUUCUAUAUUGGCUACCAAAUUAUUUGACUAUUGUUGAACAUGUAUCAGCUGGUGAGGCUGCCCAGCUUUCUGUACUAUUCGAUAUUGGUGGAAUAUUUGGCGGUAUGCUGAUAGGAUGGCUUAGUGAUUCUCAGUCGAACUCACAAAGUCGUAAUGAAGAUGAGAAGAUGGUUCGAAGACGGGCUUUUGCUUGUGCUGUUAUGUUAGCAUGUGCAGCACCAUUGCUAUUGGUCUACCGUUUUAUGACCUCCUCAAGUUCGUUUACCUCAUUGUUUGUGCUAACAUGUUGUGGAGCUGCAGUCAAUGGUCCUUAUGCUUUGGUUACAACAGCUGUUUCAGCUGAUUUGGGUACUCAAACAGCAUUACAAGGACGAGCACGUGCUUUAGCAACAAUUACAGCUAUAAUUGAUGGAAUGGGAUCAUUAGGUGCUGCAUUAGGUCCACUUUUAACUGGUCUACUAGUACCAUAUGGUUGGUCUGUUGUAUUUGCUAUGCUUAUUAUAUCUGAUCUCCUUGCACUUUCAAUGUCUGUAUGGAUUGUAAUAAGUUCACGACGUCGACAACUACGUCAUGGAACUCAAGCGACAAUACGAACUUAAUUCGCGCUAAUGUGUGUACAUUAUUCUACCAAAGAAGAAUUGAAGGAAGAAAAAGUCAAAAUGACAUUUCGAUGAAAUACAAGUUCAUAUCAGUCUCUAGUUUGUUUUCUUUUGUUAUUGUCGUUGUUAUUUAUUUGCUGAAAUUUCUUAUUCCACUUUAUUUGCCUUCUUUUUAAACAUUUCUAUUACAUAUCCUUGUUUUUUUAAAAAGAUUUUUUUUUAAAUGUGUAACGUCUUUCAUACAAGAGAAUUUUUUAAUUGUGAAUGCGUGAAUGAUUGAACGACAUAUCAUAUUCAGCGUUCUUUUUUGUGUUUGUUCGUGUGUGUGUUUCUGUUAAUCGACUGUGACUGAAUGACACUGUCGACUCUACGUUCUACCGCUUCUAAUCCUUUCCACCUUUGUCUAUCACGUAUAUUGCCUCUUAUUGUUACAAUAAUUGUAAAAAAAUUUUUUAAGAACACACAUUGUUUACUAAAACAAUAUAAUACUUUCUAUAGAAA